UUACUUAGAAAGCUAGUGAAAUUCAAGAAAACAAAAAGAGAGGAAAACAUUCAUUACCAGAUGGCUCCGUGUCGUACGAUGGUUUUGCUCUGUCUUGUUCUGUUUCUGGCGGCGAGUAGUACCUCAACAAGAAUUGGAGUCACCACCGUGGAGAUGAAGAAUAAGAAGAGCUUAGGGUUUAAACGCAGCUAUAUUUUUGGUUACUUGCCCAAAGGAGUUCCCAUUCCUCCUUCUGCUCCUUCUAAUAGACAUAACUCUCUUGUUGACUCCCUUCCUCAUUGAUUUCAUUUUGUAUGCUUCUAUGUAAUUUUUGUAUGUUUAUUUUGUAGAUUAGAGACAUACAGGAUUACACUCUUUGUAUAUACUUGCAUACUAUUGAUUUUUUUUUUCAGAUGUUUUGUGGACUAGUCUAUGUAUUAAACUCAUGAAUCAUGA